AUGCAUAUUGUCAAUAAUGUUCAGAGUACUACAAGUGUUCCACCUGCCUCAAACUCAAGACUUUCAUCGCUACUUGUGGAACCUGCCGGUUUCAGUUAUGACCGUGGGGCAACAAUUGAUAUUCCUCUUGAUACAACUUCAGGAGGAUCACAUAAUCAGGUUGAUUUAAACAAGAAAGUCCAGGCUAAGGAAGCAGAACUGAAAAUGUGGGAACAGGCAUUGAGGCAGAAAGAAGAGGCAGUGGCGAGAUUUGGAAUUGUUGUGGAAGAGAAAAAUUGGCCACCAUUUUUUCCAAUUAUUCAUCAUGUUAUUUCCAGUGAAAUUCCAAUUCAUCUACAAAGAUUGCAUUAUGUUGCAUUUUUGACAUUUUUAGGAUUGGUUCUAUCCCUUAUGUGGAACAUCAUAGCCGUUACUACAGCAUGGAUCAAAGGGAAGGUUAAUUUAGUUAUAUGCUUCCAUGUCUUGAUCUGGUUAUUGUCUAUCAUCUAUUUUGUAGCAGGAGUACUAGGAGCCUAUGUAUUCCGGUAUCGCCCACAGUUAUCGAAACAUUAUACAGUUGGUUCAAAUAAAGAGUGGAAACCAAAGGUGAUCAACUCUAAUUUUGGGAAGGGUUCGGGAACAGCUGGUGCAUAUGAUGUUCCUAUUAGUUCAGUUGAAGCCAAUGCUUAUUCGUAG